AUGACUUCAACUUACUAAGAUUUAGAUAAAUAAUGUUCUUCUGAUAGAGAAAGGCUUUUUUUUUUGCUUGAUGCUCUUGAAUUAAAUUUAGCUAUUCUUAAAAAAGAUAUUAUGCUCACGUUAUUUUCUUUAUGCGCUAAAUUUUAAAAUGGGAAAAUGAUCUUAAAUACAAAUUUUAUUGAAGAACUUUAUCAUAAUGAUGGGAUUAACAUAGUAGAUAGUACUUUUAAGGAUUCAAUUGAGAAAUUAGUACAAUAUUAAGCAAAAAAGAAUAAAAAGGUAGACAAUUCUCCUAAUGAUACAAACGAAAUGAUCGAUACCGAAAUAUAAUUAAAAGCAUCAUUAAAUACUUUAUUUUUAUUGAUAAUUCACAUGCAAGAAACAAACAAAGAUGAUUUGAUAAAAUAUUUUGAAGAUAAAAAAUUUGAAGAGUAUUUGAUGAAAAUGAUUUAGCUUUCAGUCGAGCUCUUUUUAAUACCUAUAAAAAAAAUAAUUAGUUUAUUUUAUCUAUAUCUGAAAAUAUAUCUCUAAGAUACCAAUGACUCAGGGACUAAGUUAGACGAUAAUUACUACACUGAAGAUAAUAUGAAUUAAAUAGACAAGGGACCACCAAGAUUAUUCAUUUAAAAUCCCACUAAAAUAGAACAAUUUUACUAGAGAAAUAUUAUAAAUUAGGCAGAUAUUGCAUUAGCUUAAAUUAUAGUAGUGGGCUUACUUAGAACUAUGCUCACUACAUGUGCAACAAACAAUAAAUAUAAUCCUACAAAUACUACAAAGGGAAUAGAUUUAAAUAGAGAAUGGGAAUCUUCAGUGAUACACAUUUUACAGUAUAAAGAUGAAAUUAACUUACAAAAAGAGGAGUUAAAAAAAUACAUGGAUGACUAUAAUUAAUACAUUGAAAAUAAUAAAGAUUUUCCUCAAAAAGAUGAAAAGGAAAGUGAGUUAAACAAAGAAAAGUCAAUAAUUAAAAUUGAAUUAGAUAGACAUAGAUUGUUUACUGCCAAUAUUAUUUCAAGUUUUAUUCUUUUGUUAGCAAAGAAGUUUAAGCAUAAUUGUGUUUGGUAAUUUUCUUAUCUAAUCUAGUUAAUUACUGAUGCAAAUGGAGUCUUAGUCUUCCUUAAGUUUUUAACAGAUAAAUUUUUAAGCAUCAACUAUGAAAUUCCAUAUAUUUUAUCCGAUAAAGUUGCUUUAAUGGAUAUUGCAGGUGAUACUGUUUACAAGAUUUCCAAAUUGAUGUAUAUCACUUGCAAUAAUUUCACAGAGAAGAUAUCUUAGUAUUUAAUAGAUUAUUAAUCAUUUUUUAUAUUGAAGAAGUUGCCUUAAUAAUUCACUAUGAGAGAAGUUAGUAAAUAUUGUUAUAAGCUAAUGAAGUUGUAGAUUCCUAUGUUUGAUAAGAGAAUGUUAAAAUCUAAUUAAAGUUACGUGAAAGUUAUUUCUGACCUAUUCUGUAAAGUUUAUCCUAACUUUGAGCCAGACAAAUUUACAAAAAUAUUCAAAGAAGAACAAAAAAAAUUCAUGAAUUAAGCAGAUAAGGCUAUGAAAGAUGAGCCACUUAGAUAAUUAUAUUUACUUGAGGGAAUUAGAGACAGAAAGUCUAUGCUAGCUAACUAUUGUAAUUAAGAUGAAGUUCGUAAAAUAAAUACAGAUUUUAAUAAUUAUCAUUACUGGAAAGCUGAUGAGUCCAAGAAGGAACUGAAAUAAAAGUUAAAUUUAGAUGAAUCAGGUAUCUACUAGGACUAGCUUAAGCUUAAAAAAUAAAUUCUCAAUAAAAUGUGGGAUGAAGUUUAAGUUCCUGAAGAUUUUGAAAAUAAUUAUGAAAAGUGGCUGGAAGAUAAUGUGUGGAAUUAUUAUGAUUGA